UAGACUUGUUUAGUACAAAUUGAAAUCGCGAACAAAAUGCCAGACAACGCAACAGAUAUGGAAUUUAAUGUCGACGAGCUGGAGGCUCCGUCUUGGCUGAAUUCCCAGUUCAUACAAAAAGUUCUCAGCGACUUUGAGGAGUCACCGGAAUUGAUGGUCACCGAUCUGAAAAUUACUCCCGCAAGUGCCCAGGGAGAUCACUAUGCCAGCGUCAUGUUCCGCACCACAGUGGAUUACUCUACCUCGAAGGGAAGGUUCUCCAAGCCGCUGAUUAUCAAGACAAUGCCGGAGCAGGAGGGCCACAAGAAGGAUAUGCUCUCGGAGUCACAUCUAUUCUCAACAGAGAUCGGCAUGUACACCAAAGUCCUGCCAGAGUUCGAGAGAAUACUGCAAAAGGCGGGAGAUAAUACCAAACUCUAUGUACCCUGCCUCUAUCACAGCUUAGAGCCUCGUCAGGUGUUGAUUUUCGAGGAUCUGGUGCCUCAGGGAUACGCCGUGAUCCGGGGUCGUCCUGUCACGGAGGAGGAGCUGAGAUUUGUCUACACCAAGCUGGCCAAAUUGCAUGCGGUCAGCAUGAAGGUUAUGAAUGAGCAACCCGACUUCUUAAAGGAGUUUCAGUAUGGCUUAAUUGAGAUGCCCACCCUCAUGCAGGAUCCCAUGGUCACAACAGGAAUGGCUAACUUCCUGAAUUUCCUGGACAAGACACCGGAAUUCAACAAAUACAAGCCGUACUUCGAGAAGCUUAAGGAUAAUUGCAUAGAUAAAAUGGCUGAUGUGUUGACAGAGUACAGGAAGAACUUCCAACCAGAUGGAUACUACGUGUUAUGUCAUGGGGACUUCCAUCUCAGGAACAUGAUGUUCCGGCACAAUAAGGACACUUCGGCCUACGAGGACGUUAUGCUGGUGGACUUCCAGAUCAGCAACCUAUCUCCCAUUACCGUGGACCUGAUCUACUCUAUCUAUAUGCUGAUGGAGCCGGAGCAGCGAUGGGAUCUGGGCAAAAAUCUAAUCAAUCACUACUUCUCCGUUUUGGAGGAAACCCUUAAGAAGGUGGGCUACAAGGCAAAGAUGCCCACGCAGGCUGGUCUCUGGGAGCAAAUGCGACGCCACAAGUACUACGACUUCGCUCUCAUGGCCACCUUUCUGCCCAUGAUUCUGGCUAUCAAGCAGAGUACUGCGAAAAUGCAUGACAUUAUUCAGGAUAACGAAACCAGAAAGAAAGCCUACUUCUCUGAAUUCUACUUGGAAGAUUUAAAGCAUCUUCUACCGAAAUACGAGGAAAUGGGUUUCUUCAAAGACCUGUAAAUAUGUGUAAGUCCAUAAAUGACACACAUUUGACUUAUGUCAGAUGCGGUAAAAACAGGUUUCUGGCUGAGCCGAUGUUAGCUAAUUGUUUUUGUACGCGCGCCAUAAAGCUCUUCAUAGUUAUCUUAUCUUAACUAUAAGUAUGCAGUAUAUAGAUUGAUAUUUCAUAAUAAGCAACGUAAUUGAUAGGAUAAGUUGUUUUAUAAAUAAGUCUUUA